UUUCCACGUUUUGUACAGCCAUUAACGAAAUUUUAGUGGUUUUCCGUUCAUUUCCCCGCAAACGGUUUCAUCAGGUUUUCUCCCCCAACAAUCAUUUUACAAGGAACAAUGGAGUUAGCUACCUCUUCGAUCUCAGGCGCGCAACUUAACUACCUUUCUGCAAAGAUUCUCACAGCACCAAUGUUCCACUCUUUCAAGUAUCCUCAAUCAACCGGUUAUCUCAGCUUUCACUCCCCGGUUCCCCGGCCGUUUUCCAACGGCUUCAUUUGCCGAGGAAGCAGCUUCAGUUUCAUUAACAACAUUAACUCUCGUUCUAAUUACAAUAAUAACAUAAUUAAUAAGAUAUACACAAGGUUGGAUUCUUGUUUGGUCAUACCUCCAUCUGGAAACAAGAAACCACGUGCCAUCAUCAAAUUCUUGGGCGGUGCUUUCCUUGGAGCUGUCCCUGAAGUUACUUACAGUUACUUGCUUGAGCUUUUGGCAAAGGAAGGAUUUUUAAUAAUAUCAGUGCCGUACAAUGUGACAUUUGAUCAUGAACAAGCUGCUAACCAAGUUUAUGAAAGGUUCAGUGCUUGUUUGGACAACUUUCUUGCUUUUGGAUUCCCAGAUGCCAAUCUUACUCCUGCUGAUCUUGUUAACCUUCCAAUUUUCUCUGUUGGUCACAGUAAUGGUGCUCUUCUUCAAGUACUCACCGGAAGUUAUUUCUCUGAGAAGUUACCAAAGGCUAAUGCCAUUAUCUCAUACAACAACAGGCCAGCAACAGAGGCGGUGCCAUACUUUGAGCAGUUGGGUCCUCUAGUUAGGCAGAUGAUGCCAAUGGUAGAAGCAUCUCCAGUGUAUUCAAUGGUUAGGAGUGCUUCAGAUGAUGCAUGGAAGAUGUUUAUUGACACAGCUGGAGCAAUGAUAGCAGACAGGGACCAGGAAGCCCUAGUCUCAUUCACCAAAUUUGUUGAUCAAUUGCCCUUGGUUUUGGGUCAGGUCACGGAAGGGAUAGCAGAGUUCAAGCCAACACCUUCAGAGAACCGUGAACGUUGUAAGAACAAGUACAACAUCCAACACACACUACUGGUGAAGUUCAACUUUGAUGCAAUUGAUGAAACUGAUCUCCUUGAAGAGACGUUGAAGCCUCGUGUGGAGUCUAUUGGUGGGACGCUGGAAAAGGUCCAAUUAAGUGGUAAUCAUAUAACACCAUGUGCACAGGAACCAAAAUGGCAAGUGGGCUAUGUGUACACUCCAGCAGAUGCUAUUGCUCAGGGACUUAAGACCCUUUCAUUGAAUGACACUAGAGUGCUCUCCAGAACAAUUAGUGAUUGGUUCAGACGUUUCGAAGACUAACUGCCAUAGUUCAAUAGACAGUUGAUUCUCUUUAGGAACAGUUUAUUGAAAAGAGAAUGACAGUAUAGAGUUAUAAGGAAUCAAAAAUUAGACGCUUCUCUUUGUGUAGCUCAAGCUCGAUGGGCUUUCAUAAGUACCAAAAAGGAAAAUGGAGGAAUUAAAAUUCAGACUAGACCUAAAUCAUAUAAAAAUAUAAAAUGGCUCUUAAGUGGUGUUGUCACAGUGAAUUCAGUUGUAUAGCUCGUGUAAAUGUUGUUUGUAA